CAGCUCUGCGAUUGCGACUGGCAUUGCGAUUGCUUGGUCAGACAGAGUAAAGGCGUUUUUAAAGCAGCAAGCCCACCAAGGCGCUGACUUUAUUUGUAGCUUAAAGUGAAAAUAAUAAUGAUAAAAUGCAAAUGCAAAUGCAAAUACUGAGAAAACAAAUAAAUUGCUAAUAAUUUACAAAUUGCAAGCUAAACACUAAACAAAACAAGAAAAUUACAACCUACAAGUAAAGCCGCCAACUUGAGAAACAAAAAUCUUUUGGAUAUCUUGUAAAAACCCCCCUCCCCAAAAAAAAAUGCUUGUCAAUUCGAAGCGGACGUCGCUGCAGGCGUCGACGCCAACGCCGACGCAGCCGCAGACGCCGUUGCGGAUGAUAAUGUGGAGCCUCGGCGUCUUCAUCAUCUGCUGUGUCAGCAUCAGCAGCGCACAAGAUGCGUCUGGGUAUUAUUUUCCUUCACAAAAUCGAUUUGUGCCAUCGGCUGGCACAUUUCCGCGCCAACAGCAGCAGUCGCAGCAAACGCUCAAUGGCUAUCGCAGCGGCAACAGCGGCUUCUCCCCCGCGCCCUCGCCCGGCUCCUACCAGGAGCAGCUCCUCUUCAUAGCCAACGAGAAUGGCGGGGGUGGCAAUAAGCAAACUCCCAUUGCUAGCAACUCACCAUAUGGAUCACCAUUUGGGGCCAGUUCACAGUUUACGAAACCGAAUCGACAGUCGGAGUAUUACGAUAUCUCGCCACGCCCCUUUGGUGUGCCCGUGAGUGGAGGUGGCGCAACGUCCGCAACGCCAUCGAAUGGAUUUACACGCUCCAAGGCGAUACGCAAUGGUGGUGGAAGCAGUGGCAGCCUAGGGAACAGUUUGAAUGGUUUCCAACCGCAGACGCAGCGUGUCAAUGUGCCACACCAGCAGACGCAAUUUCUGGCGCACUUCAGUGAACCAACAACGACGAAUGAGAAGCGCUUGGGAUCAAGCAGCGUUGCAUUGCGUCCCUUUGGCAAUGGCGGCUUCUCGCCAAGCUCGACGCGUACUCGCACUCAGGCACCACCAGCUGUGGAAGAUGCCACACCCCAGGCAGCAGCGACGCCCUAUCGCCUGCGCAGUCGCUAUCAGCCUGCUUCAGCCACAUCCUCAUCGACGCCUUCCACAACAACGGGCAGCAGCGCAGAGGUGAGCAGCAAACGGUACAAUCGCUUUGGCAGCAAUCGCGCAACAGCCAAGACAACAAGCACCACAACUAUUAGUUCGAGCACACAGAAUAAUGCGCCCUCGGAGCGUCCUAGUUUUGGUCGUAAGCCGCCAAGUCCCCGUCGACCUGUGUUCAUUAGUCGCGAAAUUAAUGAACCCGUCAGCGUAGUUAGCAAGCGACCCUUUAACUAUAACAGCGCCAAUGCCCGACUGAAGUUACCACGACCCACUCCAAGCACCACCAGCACUACUGAGGGCGUGGAAGAGGAGGAAGACGACGAUGAGGAACAGUACGAGCAGGAAUCCCAAGAGGAGCAGCACGACCAUGAGGAAUCAUCGAGUCUGGAGAAGCUGCCGCUUCAAGAGGAGACCAUCACACCCAUUAGCGCAAUCAAGACUGAGACAGUGCACAGCCAGACGCACAGCUCGGAAGCACUGGACACGGUGACCAGCAAUGAAGACGAUGCCGAUAAAUCGAGCAGCACCAGCAGCACAGAGGAAUCCCGAACGGAGUCUUCCGAAUCCCACGACUUUACCGAGGAGACCACACUUCCAAAUGCUGUUCAUGAAUACGAAUAUGUAGAGGAGGAUGAUAAAGAGAAGGCCACCACGUCGAUACCCAAACAGAGCGAGUCCACAGAGGAGCAUCAGACAGGCACUGAAGCAGAGACCACCGAUGUGACCGUGGAAAUUGUCAGCACCACAACCCAGACUCCUAGCACAAUUGGAACAGUGAAACAGCAAUCUCAGGAAACUUCCAAGGAGCAGGAUAAGAGCUCGAACACCUCCAAGCAACAGCAGGAAGAUGAAUCCGAAUACGAUGACGAAGAAGGCGAAGAAGGUGAUGAGGAAUACGAGUACGAAGAGGGUGAGGAGUUGGACGAGGAGGAAGGCGGCGAGCAGGGACACGAUCACAAGCAGCACAGUGAUGCAACCACCGAGUCGGAAAGCGAAUCUACGCGAAGUGGUGAGCACAAGUUUGAUGAUGGACGCGAAAUCAUUUCUGUGGUAACCACAAAGAGCGUGGUCAAUGGCUCCACAGCUUUCCCGGCGCCUGUAACGCCCAGCACUUUGGGCACAACUCUCUCGGACAGUCAGCCAGCCCCCAAGCUAGAGGAGGAAGAGCACACCGAAACACCUACCGUGGUUGUGGAGACAACUCCGAUGCCCAGCGACACUACUCCGAAUGUAACAGAGAGCUAUGUGGUCGUGGCUUCGAUACAGACAAGUCGAAGCAUCAACGGUGCCCGUUUCCUGCCUUUCCCGGCCAUCGAACAGGAAGAAACAAAGCAGACAUUAUCGGAACUUGAGCGCAAGGUGCACUCCAAGCAGCAGCAGAAACAGCUCGAUCAGAACGAGAGCAGUGAAGAGCCCACCACAACAACAACUGCAUCGCCAACAACGACAUCCAGUUCAACCAGCACCAGCACAACCUCAACCACGGAGAGAUCUCUGCCAGCACAAGGCGCCUCCACGGAGAGCAUCAUCGACAAAUUGGAUCGCGUGCAAUCAGAGCUUUCGAGUGGCGUGCUGUCGGGCAAAUAUCAAAUCAUCAAUCAAAUGGAUGCAUCCACACAAGCCACAACUCUGUCCACGGGAUCUGGUCGAUUUGUGCCAAACAUUCGCAAAUUCCAGCCACGGACCACAGCUUCGCCCAGCACCACAAGCAGUGGAGCAAAGGUAAAGGUGCAGCACUUUGAUGAAAGCGAAAUGGAUGAGUUAGCUGGUCUAUUGCCAGUGGGAUUCAAGCCCAAGUCUAGCUACAAGAAUCGCAAAAUCACAACGACAACCACAUCGACCACAACAACGACAACCACAACGGAGGCGCCAGCUGAGGAACAACCAAAGAAACCGUCGAGAAACUCGACCAUCAGUCGCUCGUUCAAAAAUGGAGUUGUUGCCGUGCAGGAUGUCGCUUUAGCGGGACUGUUGCCCAAGGGUUACAAGCCACCUAGAACCACAAGCACGACGUCCACAACAAAGGCACCGAAAGCAUCAUCGGCACUGGAAAGUCUCUUCAGCGAUGCGAAAUUCGAUGACAGUCUGGCCGCUUUAUUGCCUAAGGAUUACAAGGUUAGCUCGACGACGUCAAAGCCCGCGAUUGCCGUUGUUGAUGACAUAUCCAAGUUCCUGCCACCUGGCUUUACUCCAUCCUCAACCACUCAGAGAUCGCCACCUGUGGCUGUGCCCUUCGAUGAUCUGAGCAGUUUCUUGCCACCUGGCUACAAAGCACCAAAGGAGGAGCCAAAGCUCCCCAUCACACCCGUUAAGGUGGAUGAUUUGAGCAGCUUCCUGCCGCCAGGCUUUAAAUUGAAUACCACUGAAAAGUCUAGCUCAAGUGAGAGUGAUGAUCUGCUUGCUUCGCUACUACCACCAGGCUACAAGUCAAAACCAGCCGUGCACCCUGCUUCCACCAGCACCAGCACUACCUCGACGACGAGUAAGCCACAAACGAGCGCCGCACCAGUUGCCAGCUCCACAGAGGCACCUGGCGGUGGUCUAAAGGUCGUGUUCCCCAAAGGAUUCCACAAACGUUUGGGUGCACAUCGUCUGACCACGCCACAUACCCCAGUCGAAGGCGCUGAAGUGCCCAACUCGUCGCCGUCGUUGGUGAUCCGAAAGGGCCCACCAACACGUGCAACCACCGAGUUUACUGGCUGGCCUACUCCCCCUACGACUCCGCUGUCCAUUGACAAACUCAAUGUACAGACAAUCAACUUUGAGGAUCUUCUGACAGCAGCUGGCAGCACUAGCACCACAACAAGCACCACCACCACAACAACCACCACGACCACGACGACGCCACGACCCACCAAGCCAGGACACUGCACCGCCGACUGCGAUCUAGAGGCCACAAUUAGGAUUAUCGAUGGCGUCGCAUGGAAACCGGAACUGCUCGAUCAUAACACGUUAGAGUGGAAGAACCUUGCACACGAACUAGAGGCACAGCUUAACGAAGUCUACUCCAAUGCGGCGCAGCUGAACAAAUGGUAUAAGAAGGUGCGCAUCGAUAGCUUUAGCGAGGGCAGCGUACUGGUGGAUUAUUAUGUGGAGCUGGCCAACAUCACCGAGGAUGUGGACACCUUGGAAAUAAAGCAACUGUUCCAUGAUGCGCUCGUCAAGCCAACGGCCCCCAUGGUGCCCGACAAGGAUGCCCAAGAGAAUGAGACGGACAGCGUGUCCAGUCCGCAGGAGGAGCAACUAGUCAAGGCCAGCUAUCAGAUGGGCAAAUUCACCAUUGAUCCAGUGGCCACCGAGUUUAGUGUAAUUGCCAAGAAUCUGCACACGAAUGUGGAGAAUGCUGAGGAUGAUCUGCCCAUACCACAGUGGGCGAUUGUGGUGAUUGUGAUUGGUGUGGGCUCGCUCGUAUUCGUCGUCAUCUUUGGGGUCACAGUGCUGCUUAAUCGCCAGAAGCGCGCCAAGAAGACGCCCAUUCCUCUGACGAAUGACAUGCUUAACGAGCUGAAGGUCAACCACAUGGGUGGCGCUGACAACUACGGCGUGGAUGAUUUCUACAACAUUGACGAUCCUUGGAAUGACACCAAGCAGCCGAUCAAGCCGAAACGCUUCACCAAUUCGAUGCACGGCAGCAACAGCAGCAACAUCUACGAUAGCUGGCGUUCAACACGUCAUCCACACAACAGCGGUGACUAUUUCUAUGACCAACAGCCGGCCUACUCCCAAAAGGGUGACUCCCUGAAGCGACCACAUCAUGGUGGCGGCGGACAUCACCACCACCAGCAGCAUUCGCAUCAGCAGCCAUACGCUGGCCAUCAGCAGCAGCAAGGCUAUGGCCAUGGUCAUCAAUAUCCUGACGCCUUUGCCGAUGCACACCAGAUGUACAGCUAUAAUAAUCAUCCGAGUAGGACGCGGUACGCGCGUGACUACGACCCAGACUUCUAAGAUAAUCAGUCGCGCGCACAGCGACAGACUAACCACGAUCUAGCUUUAGUAAUUUGCAAUCGAUUAGACAUUGCAAAAGUUUAUACAUAUGGCUUAAUUAUACUGCUGCUCAGUAACAUACUCGUAUAUAUAAUAUGUGUAUAUACUUACAUACUUGUAUUCUAUUUAUAAGUACAAGUAUAAUAAGGCAGGUAUCAUACUAUUUAUACCCCAAGCUAUCAGCUAUCUUCGUUUUCUACCAUUACUUUAUUCUUUACUAAAUCUAUUCAAAUGAUUAUUCUGCGUAUAUAUUGUAUGUAAUUGGUAAUUGGGAGCGCUGUUAUUUGGACUCCCGGAAAGUAAAUAGUCAUGCACUCUUAGUUAAAACUAGUUUGUAAUUAUAUCGUAGACCUUUCUUAUAAUUUAAUUAAUGGCGUCUUAAUACAAAAUAAUAAU